UGGGGAUUCACACUCCAUCCGGUAGGGGGCGGAAAUGCGCCUUAAGCUGGUUUACCAACUGCUAAAAACACAGAAGAAGAAGCGUCGGCGUUGAGUCGUCUGAGAAAAAAACCCCUCUGAAAAUACCCUCAAGACUUAAGGGGUUAAAGAGGGACGGUGAAAGAACAUGAGUGAUCCAGAACCCUGCAGAAUGAAACACACUGAAGAUACUGAAGAACAAAGAGAGCUGAUAAAAGUGAAGGAGGAGAGUGAAGAACUGAGUGAAGUGGAGGAGGAACAUCAUGUCAAACCUGUAGAAAAACCUUUGAGUCGCUCAAAGACUAAAAAGACAUUUUUAAAGAAACGAAGAUCCAAGCAAAAUUUCACCUGCACUCAGUGUGAAAAGAGUUUAUCAACAAAGCAAAGUCUUGAGAUUCACAUGAGAAUCCACACCGGAGAGAAGCCAUUCACAUGUGACCAGUGUGAGAAGAGUUUCACAAUAAAGCAAAGUCUUGAGUAUCACAUGAGGAUCCACACCGGAGAGAAGCCGUUCACCUGCACUCAGUGUGGGAAGAGUUUCCCAUACAAACGUAGUCUUGAGCGUCACGUGAGAGUUCAUACUGGAGAGAAGCCAUUCAAAUGUGAUCAAUGUGAGAAGAGUUUUGCACGAAAAACUUAUCUUGAUCAACACUUGAGGAUCCACACUGGAGAGAAGCCAUACACAUGUGUUCAAUGUGGAAAGAGUUUCGCACUGUCAGGACACCUUAAAGAACACAUGAGAGUUCACACUGGAGAGAAGCUGCACGUAUGUGAUCAGUGUGGAAAGAGCUUCGUAAGAAGACAUCAUCUUAAGUGUCACUUGAGAGUUCACACCGGAGAGAGACCGUUCACGUGUGAUCAGUGCGGGAAGAGCUUCAUUCAGUCAUCACAGCUUCUGAACCACAAUAGAGUUCAUACUGGAGAGAAGCCUUUCUCAUGUGAUCCGUGUGGGAAGAGCUUCACCCGAUCUGAACAGCUUAAAGGACACAAUAGAGUUCACACUGGAGAGAGGCCGUUCACAUGUGAUCAAUGCAACAAAACAUUUCCUCUGGCAUCCACCCUAAAGAAACACAUGAAAGUUCAUACGGACGUGAAGCCACAUUCAUGUUUUGUGUGUGGAAAGAGAUUUUUAAUGCUGUUUAAUUUACGUGCCCAUCAGAAAAUUCAUACUGGUAUAAGAGAUCAAGUGUGCUUCGAGUGUGGGAAGACUUUCACUGCAGCAAACGAUUUAAAACGGCACAAGAGGAUCCACACUGGAGAAAAACCUUACAAGUGUUUGCAGUGUGACAAGAGAUUCGGUCGAUCAGGACAUCUGAAAACACAUGAGAAGAUCCACAGCAGAGAGAAGCUGUGCAGAAGGAGUUUCGCAUUUAAAAGCUAACUCAAGCCAGGGCUUGAGAUUUACGCUUGACCAGGACAAGUGCUUUUUUGUUUUGUUUUUUAAAGGGGAAAAUGAAAGAGAAUUGUACUUCCCCAACCGGACAAGUAGCUUGAUUAAAAUGUCAGUAACAAAAAAUAACUAGGCAAUCACCAAAACGAGAGAAUGGUUCGGAUUUUAAUACAUUUAGUGUAAGUGGUGAUUGAUAGUGGUUUAAGACUGAUGCCAACAUGGCUGAACCACACUGAAUUCUUAUGGGAAUCAAUCUACAUCUGCACACUUUCUAAAAGAAGUUCACAUCCAAGACAACCUACCCCACUGUGUGGAGACAGAAGAGUCCCUCCUCACUAUUGAUUGCCCACAUCUGUUUACUUACUCACUUUCUCUAACCCUCCUCCUCAUCUCCUGAACUAAAGAUGCUCAAAACUCACCUAACAAGGUGAACAAGAGCAUGAUAGUUCAUGUUUGGUAUCAUUCAGAAGGUCCAUGCACUCAUGCUGUUUUUAAACGGGUUAAUAGUUUGGGUGUCCUCAUUCGCACCACAUACAAGUAUAUAAAGUAUAAAAGGAGUUCUUUUUUGUACCUAAUUUGGACCCCAUUCCAUGUCAAAUCAUACUCAUUGCAGGCCUUGCAUGAUGAUCAGUGAACAUCUGCAAAAAAAGAGGUUAAACUAGCACUGAGAAAUCAAGAAAGUUAUAAAUGUUGAUUGUGAGUUGGCAUCGCACCAAGAAUGACUGACUUCACUGCGUACAUAGUGAAAUAAUGUGGACAUGUUCUGUUCUAUUGGAUAAUAAGUUCUCUCCACACUGGACUCAUUCUCUGCCUGGAAUGCAUUUCUUCCAUUGCCGGGAACUGGUUGUCGGCCUGCUACAAGCCCUCUAACCCCUCUAUCCUCCAUCUGUUGGACUGACUGUGAGGUGAGUUAGCACUCCGUCUUACCAGUCAUCCAUAUUCGCUUACUGACUGGUUGGGGAGCCUAGUUUUCCGUAAGCUUUAGGUGCUGUAAUGGUUGUGGUUUUGGCUAACGUAGUUUUGCAAAUAACUACCUUUCUCAUGGCUAUUGCUAAAAAUGUGCCCAAACUUUUUUUCACUCAUCCCACUUUUGGUUCUCCUUAUUGUUGGAGUAUAUAUCUGCCUUAUGAACUCAAGGCGCCUAACGGGCACCUGCGCCGUGGCGUUGUGGUGUACGACACUGUUGUUCACUUGGCAUCAUCCGACGCCCGCACUUUGUGCAUCCUGCAGGAUUUUCGAUGUGUAUCAGUCUACAAAUACUGGUAUUCCGUGUAUCUGGUCAAAAAAACAGAACUACGAAUAAACCGACCCGUCUACAGA